GAUAUGAACUAUUCCGGGCGAACAAACAAUAAUCACAUGGCAAACCAAAACUUCAAACCGCUACUGAAGAUGGCGGUGAGUGCUGCAGUGCCUGCUGGAGUAGAAAUUAGACAAGCGGAUGUCAGGAAGGGAAAAGGACUUUUUGCAACAACAAGCUUCAGAGAAGGAGAUGUGAUCCUGACAGAGACACCACUUGUUUCUGCACAGUUCUGUUGGAAUGAAUUGUACAAAUAUAAGGCCUGUGAGUUUUGCCUGCGCUCGUUAGAGACAGCUGAAGAGAUGAGCCAACGACUAACAGAGAAUCCAGCAUUAACCUUGCCACACCCUGAAUGCUGUGCAGUAGAUCCAUCAGUGUUCUCUUUGUGUCCACAGUGUCAGGUUUUAUACUGCAGUGAAGCAUGCCGUACAGAAGCAUGGAACAGGUAUCACAGAGUGCUGUGCAUGGGACCUUCCCGUACAGAUGGCAAGCACCCUUUGUUGCAGCUUCAGGAAACCUGGAGAAAUAUACACUAUCCACCAGAGACAUCAAGCAUCAUGCUGCUGGUUAAAAUGGCUGCCAUGGUAAGGCAGAGUCCUGAUCCAAAGAGGAUGGUAGAUAGAUUCUCCAAGUUUGUUCAUACCACCGUCAAUGAAGAAGAAGAGAUAAUGCACAAACUCCUGGGUAAAGAAUUCCAGGGUCAGCUGGAGGUGCUACGGAGCCUGGCAGCAGAGUGUCUAUACCAUGAGGACAUUCAGCAGUGGCUGACCCCAGAAGGCUUUCAAUCUGUGUUUGCACUAAUUGGAACCAAUGGCCAAGGCAUUGGAUCCAGUUCCAUUUCAAAGUGGGUAAAAAACUGUGAAUCCUUAGUAUUGUCAUCUGAAGAAAAAGAACAGCUGGAUGCCUUUAUUGACCAGUUAUAUAUAGACCUUGAUCAGGUUUCUGGAGCUUUUCUCAACUGUGAGGGUUCUGGAUUAUAUGAGCUUCAGAGUGCCUGUAAUCACAGCUGUGUUCCUAAUGCAGAGAUAAGCUUUCUCCAUGGUAACCAUACUCUUACUUUGAGCUGUGCAAGGGACAUAGAGCAAGGGGAGGAAAUCUUCAUCAGCUAUUUGGAUGAGUGUGAUGUGGAUCGCAGUAGACACAGCCGUCAGAAAAUAUUAAGAGAGAACUACCUGUUUAUCUGCACAUGCCCAAAGUGCCUGGAGCAAGCUGGCGAUAUUGAUGAAACAUCAGAGGAAGAGAUGAGUGAGGGAGAAGAAGGAGAUAUGGGUGAUUGAGGAUGUGAUGACAUCAUUAAGCUGCAAGCUAUGUCUUCUGGUCUGUGAAAACUUGUAUCAUACAAAAGGGAGGCCAAAUUUGUUAAAGCAUAUAAAAAAAGAAAGAAAGCUUUUCGUAAUAAAAACUGAUCAAAGCU